UUACCACCAUAUAGACGACACGAUUGGACGGCAUUGUACUAUGGGUAGGGUCCGUGACGUGACCCUCUUCUGGUUCUCGAAAGACGCCAUUUUGUUAUUAGCAGAGAAGCGGAACGCGAGAGAAAGAUCCAGAAGCCGCGACUCUGAGAUAAAUCAAGAUGGGGAAUGUUUUUGCGAACAUGUUCAAGGGCCUCUUCGGGAAGAAGGAGAUGAGGAUCCUCAUGGUGGGUUUGGACGCUGCCGGGAAAACCACCAUCCUGUACAAACUCAAGCUCGGAGAGAUAGUCACCACCAUUCCCACAAUCGGUUUUAAUGUAGAAACAGUAGAAUACAAGAACAUUAGCUUCACGGUCUGGGACGUCGGCGGCCAGGACAAAAUUCGGCCCCUGUGGCGUCACUACUUCCAGAACACGCAAGGGCUGAUCUUCGUGGUGGACAGCAACGACAGGGAGCGUGUGAACGAGGCCCGGGAGGAGCUGACGAGAAUGCUGGCGGAGGACGAGCUGCGAGACGCCGUCUUGCUCGUCUUCGCGAACAAACAGGAUCUGCCCAACGCCAUGAACGCGGCGGAGAUCACAGACAAGCUGGGCCUGCACGCCCUGCGCCAGCGCAACUGGUACAUCCAGGCCACCUGCGCCACCAGCGGGGACGGCCUCUACGAGGGCCUGGACUGGCUCUCCAACCAGCUCAAGAACCAGAAAUGAUCCAUUCCAUAGUGGCAGUGACAGGGGCAGCACUGGUCCCAGCUUUGACCCACCCCCACACCCCCCCCCCCACCCCAUAUCUCACUUAUCUCUCUGUAUCUCUCUCUCUCCAUGUCCAGCCCCGACCCCCCCUCCGCCCCCCUCCAGGGCUCUGGCCAGUGCUGCCCUGCACGCGUGUGUCAGUGUGGUCGUGUGAGUGCGUUUGUGUGAGCGCGAGAGCGCGUCUGCGUGUCUGGCAGUGGGAGCAGCCCUGGCGUGCCUUUACACAACUCCCGCGGAAACCACAGUCUGGCUCUCCAGAGCGCCUCUUCUGCCCUGCCCCCAGCCCAGCCCCGCAAUAGAGCAAACACGGUUUUCACAAAGGCAAAGAAAGACCCAGGAUGCAAGUGUUGUCAUCUUUUAAAACGAUUUAGAAAAAUUAAAAGGAAGAAAAAAAAAAAAAAAAAAAGAAACCUGAUUUACACCACCAGUGUUAAUGUUGGAGAGACGUGCAUGUUUCAUUGUCGGUUUGAACCCCUUGCCCCACCCUCACAUUGUGACCUGUAUCAGGUUGGAAGAGUCAUAAUGCUGUUUCCAUCCUAGAUCCUUCUUUGCAUCAUUUGGAAAAUCAUCCUGGUUUUUCCCCCCACUCCUGCAACUAAAAGCCCUGGCUCUCUGAUGAACACUACCUGUUUAGUUUUUUCUUUCCUUUUUUUUUUUUUUUGAGUGAGGCUAUGGAACACAACACAAUGGUUAACAUUUUAAAUUCAAUUGUCCCGUUUACCUUUAAUGGAAAAACUCCCAUUAUGCUAAGUCACCUUGUAAAAGCAGAUCCCCCCCUCUCUUUGUCAUUUAAGUCAUGGAGACGUCAGCCCUCCAGAACACCGGUAAAGACUGAUGUUUUGUACCGUCGGUGACAGCAGGCCGCCUGCUCGGUGGUAUCUGCGGUCGUACGGAGCACCAGCUGUUCCACUGCGGUGGCUAGGUAUCGUUUGUCGAGUGUGCCGGCCGUCGAAGACGGGCAGGGUUUCGACAGGCUGCCAGGGUCGGUAGGUUGCUGGCCUUUAGAAGCUUUGACCUGUAUUCCUCGAAAUGCUACGUGCAUCGGGUUCUACGUGCGCAUUCCUCCACGCGCGUUUUUUGCCACAACUGCUAAAACCGAAUGAAAACCGAGCAGCGCAAGUCUCCUUCGACUGCUUUUCAGCGUGCAGUUAUUUUGGCUGCUUGCCUGUCAUCGACAGCAAAGGUAACACAUUUGCACCCUCCAGCAUGACAAAGAGAAAUGGUGUAGCAACAGGUCUGGGCCUGCGUACAAGAUGGACACCAACUGUGCUCCAUAAGUAAGAUCGUUCUAUUUUGGCGCAGAUCCUGGCUCAGUUAAGCGCUCGCCUCGACUCGUUCGUUUCCGAGCGGAGCCCCAAUGCAUCUUUAGCGACCCUACGCCCCGAAACCAGGUUCAUUGGCUUAUAGUAGCCUUUUUUAAAAAAUAAAAAAAAAACAUUGUCUCGGGCGGAGCUUGUCCACCUUCAGCCUAGAGGUGAGUUUCAUGGUUGUGUAAACGUCCCGGGGAAACUGCGGCCACCGUGUUAAGGUAGGCCGGCUCCUCCGAGAGCAUCGCUGCCCUUAACGCCCUGACUCGGGAUUUCCCCCGUUAAACCGCCGAUUUCUUCCUGACUGUCCUGUGGAACAUGCAAUAAAGUGGCGCUUCUUUUUGUUUCCGCGGAAGAGAGCUCGAAGCACAGCCGUGCCCAGGGACAGUGAGGCCUUUUCAGCGAGCUGCUCCCACUUUGGUCCUCCUUUUCAGUUUUCGUUUUUAUUGUUUAGAGUUUUGUUUUUUUUUUUUGUACAGACGUACCCGCCGCCUCGGCGUGGUGCUGGUGAGCCAGGUGUACGGUUGCAAAUCAAAUGCAAAAUGACCCACGUGUUGAUUUCUCGGGUGGGGGGUGGUGGUGGUCGGUGAAUGAGCACAUAAGCGAUGCAGGGCUUUGGGACACAUCCACUUGCACUGCUUUGAAUGGUCUGUAGAGAAGCUGGGGAUGCAGGGCUUGAGCAAGAGCAACACUCUUUUUGUCCUUCAUUGUGUCCGUGGAAUUACAGCCCCGCUUUGCCCACCUCAUCCUUGUCACAGGCCAAUCAUUAACACACCAGUGCAAGCGUCUACGUUUCCCAUGUAGGCAACUUUGUGGAAUCGACCGCUUCCUUGAGCCACAGGACUACCCCCCCCACCCCACCCUAAGCACCAGCUUUAAGCAAACAUCUCUAGUUCUCCAUUACGGAAGGUUUAUAAUGCUCACGGAAACAGCAGGUCGGCAUUCCGCAGUUGCCUCCCUGGGAAAUGUGGAUUGAGUGAACACUCCCUGGAUUGUUGGUCGUGGGGAAGAAGCUAGGCUGCCCUACAUGAGUGUGUGCAAGGGCCGGCUCCUUUCAGACUUGGCUGGGGCGGAGGACUGUUGUUCCAUAGUACAUUGUUCUCUUGAUGGGCUGUAUCAAGCAGCUCAUCAGCAAUGCUGUGACAGGUAUUGUUUCUGUAAUCAGUGCGCUUACAUAUGGCUGUGACUGCAUGUUUUGAAGACGUAAUCCAAUUGCAGGAAACGAGCAAAAAAAAAAAAAAACGACCUGAGAGAAUUUCUGUGACCACCCACGAACUGCUACUGCAAUGGUGAUACUAGUGCAGUCCAUGGCCUGUGCAUCUGCUCUGAAUUACAGCCCUGCGCCAUCUCUGAGCGGAGCGGUGGCCUUUUUGGUGACAACUGGACAAACGCAGUUAUUUUGCAAAAUGCACCAAACUUAGUAAGUGUGGGAUGAUAUAUACAUAACUCAAAGAUCCUCAUUAUUUACGUUUGGCCUUGUUUUUUUUGUCUACCGUGAAAGCCAUAGUGCAAAAACAAUUCCUUGACCAUUUCUUUUCCCCCAGUUGAAAAUAUUAAGUAAUGAGUAAUUACAUAUGAACUUGCAUAUGAAACUGUCACGUAGGCACCACUUAUCUACCACUGGGUCAGACGUGAAGCUUUAAGUUUGAGAAAUCAUCUCUGUAAAAUUUGGAGAAAAAAGUCUGCAAAUGUAAUUUUUUGUUCUUUUCCUUUCAAACGUUCAUUUCCCUUUGGUUUAGCUUUUUUUUUUUAACCCAUUCUGUAACAUCUGAGAAAUGCACUAUAAUAAAGAUCUCUAUUAAA